AUGAGGUCGGGUUUUGGGGACCCUCAUGGAGCUUCUUUUCGACCGACUCGUGGUCGCUCCGUUCCGAAGCCCCCAGGGUCCUGCCGGGGGGGUCCGUGCCAGGCGGACGGCUCGUUCACGCAGGACCUGCCGGUGGUGGAGCCUGCAGCUUGUGCAGAUCCUGACUUCGGCGAGGGUGCAUCAAGCACUUGCAGGAAUCGAAGCAUGGGAGAGGAGUGUUGGGCUUAUUGCCUGCCGGGCUUUUCGGGCACUCCAAAGCCAUAUCGUUGCCAAGCCAAUGCCACGGCAAAUGCAGUGCAAAUUGAGCAGUUGACAGAUGCCAUUCUGUGUGACAAUAGCACGAACAGCACGAGCAAUGACACGAGUUCCGGUCGACGCUUGCAAUCUGCGACUUGCUUCGCUGGCUCAGUCCAGACUGUGGGGCUAUCAGUGGAGUCCUUCACACAUGAUUGCACCGGCAAGGUUCAUGAUGACGCCUGUGUGGCGCACUGCUCUUUGGGGUGGAACAUGACCGAGACUGAGCCUUCCAUUUUCCUCUGUGACAAUGGCUAUUUGGUCGGAGCAGCACUUCCAACCUGUACCCCUUUGCCAUGCACCUUUGCUUUCCCAAAUGCCCUGGGCUUGUUGCACACUUGCGAUGGAGUCCGCACUGGCGAGACGUGCCUGGCAACAUGCACCGAGGUGGGCUAUGACUACUCGGCGGGAUGGGCCGCGGAGACCUUCACUUGCUUGCCCACGGGCAGCGUGACGGGUCAAUCUCCCACCUGCUUCUUGGCGUUUUGCAGGUCUUGGAUGGAGAAUCCGCGUGGCCGGACACCUCGGACAGGCUUGCGGUACCAGGACACCUGCGACGUGGGCUGUGGCCAAGGCUACACGCUUUCGGGCUCCAGCAGUCGGCGGCAAUGUGAGGCGGACGGAAGCUUUUCGGGUGGCUUGCCCACCUGUGUGGGCAACCCUUGCAACAUGGGUUUGCCCAACAAUCCCACGGUGAACGCUUCAGGUUGUAACGGCCUCACUACCGGCGAGUCCUGCGAGGUGACCUGUCUACCAGGUUUUUUGCUUGGCAAUUCUUCCUUGACCUGUCAUCCAUCAGGUUACCUGUUGGGAGUGGUUCCGACCUGUACGCCAUCGCCAUGCCCUGACAUUGCUUUGCCGGCCUCUUUGCAGAGCACUUGCUCAGGCAGCACCUAUGGCAGCAAGUGUGCUGUAAUGUGUGCUCCCGGGCUGGUGGGUGGGGAGACUCAUGAAACGCUUUUGGGGCCCGGUGGGAGAGGGGAGACAUGCUUGCAGAACUGUGCCUUUGGAUAUAGCACGAGCGCGGCAAGUGCAGCGCUGUGGACCUGCCAUGAGGAUGGUUCUGCUUCGGGCAGCCCUGCCACGUGCCAAGCCAUCGCGUGUCCAAGUGUGACAAUGUCCGAUGGUUUGGCCCACACCUGCGAUGGCAUUGGCUUUGGUGCGGCGUGUUUCGCUUUCUGUGAUGCUGGCUAUGAGUCGACGGGCGCACGGAGUGAGAGCUGGCAAUGCACAGGCAGCAGCGCUGGCCCCACAGUGCCAGGCGCCAUGGAGAUGCAAGGCGUAGGCCUCCGAGGCCUGGCGCUGAGCUGCUCGCCGCUGCCAUGCAUCUUCAACCUGCCGCUAGGGGCGCAGUAUGCGCACAACUGCAGCAAUGUGACCACAGGCAGGUGA